AAAGUUGUGUGGAGAUGCAUUGACCCUGUACCAUCAGUGUUGGUUCACAUGUAUAAGAACGGCUCUGACCAGCCUGAAGAACAGCACCAGGUUUACAGAGACCGAACAAAGAUGAAUGAAGACCUGCUGAAAACUGGAGACCUCAGUCUGACCCUGAAACAGCCCACAGAGAGAGACAGUGGAGAAUACAUCUGUAAUGUCAGCAGCAAAGAAAGAAGCAUUUCAAGAGAGACCACAGUGCUGCUAAAGGUCAAAGGGAGAGUUCAGGUCCAGGAUCAAACAGGGGACAUCAGGAACAGAAGCAGCUCCAUUGAUCCGACUCCUCUGAUGGCUGAUCAAUCAGUUUGAUCUGUGCUUAGUUUAGGAUCAGCUUUUAGUUCAAGUUAAAAUCAAAGUCCCUUUCUCAUGACUACACUUUAAGAAAGGGACUGGAGCACACCAGCCUGCAUGGCAGAGUUCCAAGACUUUUGGGGGAAAAAACCCUGGACUGAUGAGUGUGUGUCAUUACACACUGCAUUUCAGAAAAGGAAGCUCAUACCAACAGUAAAAUAUGGUGGUGAUAGUCUGAUAGUCUGAGGCUGUUUUGCUGCCUCAGGACCUGGAAGACUUGCUGUCCUAAACUGAACCAUUAAUUCGGCCCUCUUAAAAAAAAACUUGAGGAGACUAUCUGGCCAUCCGUUCUCACCUGACCUGAAGCUGAAGCGCACUUGGUUUCUGCAGCAGGAAAAUUAUGCAAAACACCCAAAUAAGUCAAAGUUCUUACCUGAAUCUGAUUUAUAUGCUGUGACAUGACCUUAAAAAGGUGGUUCAUGCUUGAAAACCCAGCAAUGUGGCUAAAUUACAACAAUUCUGCAACAGUGAGUGGGCUGAAAAUCUUCCACAGUGCUGUUAAAGAUUUAUUGCAGGUUGUUACAAAUGCUUGGUUGCAGUUAUUUAUUAAAUUCAGGGGGCAAUAGCUUUUUCUGACAUGUUCAUCUAGGUUUGGGUUUUUCCCCUUAAUAAUAAACACAUUUAUUUAGAAACUGCAUUUUGUAUUUACUUCUAUUCUUUGUAUAAUAUUGUAAUUCAAUUAAUGUUUUAUCACUCACAUCAACUCAAAAUCUGGAAUCAGCAGGUAUGAAGAGCAAGUUUGCUGAACAACAUUUAGCAAAGCCAGUGAAAUAUGGUCUGGUCAGAUGAUCGUAUGAUUGUUCGGUUUUUCUCUGUAGGGUCUACCUUACAAUAUAAAGGUGGUUGUUAUUGUGAUUGGUUGCUAUAUGAAUAAAAUUGACUGGAAAUGAAAAGA